CUAAUAUAUGGUACCCAAUUAUCAAACGUCCCUCACUAAAGUUGAAGCCAUUCAACCAAACGAAAAAAACAAAUUGAACCAUAGAUAUUAUUAUUCCGUUUAAGAUAUAGAUACUUUUUAUCAAGUAAGAUACUAAUUUGAGACAUGAUGCUUCAUGUCUUUGAAUGUUGAAACUAGUUGUAGCAUACAAAAACAAAGAACAUGGAAGAAAUUAAUGAGUGGCAACAAAUCGAACAGCAAACAACUCUUGAAUCCUCUGGAUGGAACAGAGUAAUUAUCAACCAAAACAACAUUGAACUUCAAGGAGAGAAUGAUCAAUCUUCUUCUUCUUCCUCUUCUGCUUCUAACUAUCUCGAAGAACACGGAAUCUCCUCGUCCAUGACCGCGGCUAGUUCAAUCAGUGACGAGGAGGGUGCAACCCCGAUGCCUGUUGUGGCGUCUUUAGAUUGGGCCAGUGAAGUGAAGAAAUUGUUAAAGGUGCGAUUCGAGGCUAUAAGAGUGGAGAUUGUGAAGGUGGCUUCCAAAGUUCGUAAUUGUGCAAUGUGUGCGGGGGUGUUUUGGUCAAUUACGUAUGUGGCUGGAGCUGCAGCUGCGACGAUGGUGUUGGUGUCAUUGGUAUAUGUCGGAAUUCAGAGGCGUCGCCGGAGGGUGAAUCAUUUGCAUUAUCUUCUUAGACAGAAAGAUGAGAAAAUUAGCCAACUCUUACUUCAUAUUGCACAUCUGAAUGAAGCCUUAUCAUCAUCACGUGGACGCACGGUUCGGGUGUAUCGAAUUGGUGGCUAAUGAUAUGAUAUGAUAUAAUAUUGCAGAGUAAAUCAAUAUAUUGUCAGAUUUGUAACAACAUACUAUAUUCAUCUUGAAUUUUUUGACUAUAUAUUGUAAAGUGCAUGCAUAUGAGUUUGGUGCAGAAGAGCUUCCAUCUUAGAAUUAACUAAUGUUGCUAACAAUUGUUAAAAACAUGAUGAUACAUAUGGAAAUAAAGUAAGUUUCUUAUUUGCUGGCGUGACAGUGUGACACCACUACUAGUCAAAUAUAUUGAGCGCAAUAUACAUUUAAAUUCAAUUAUUUUGAUCACAUUUAAUUAUACUAAUUUAUUUUUUUUGGUAAGAAAAUUAUACUAAUAUUUGACCGUAAUAAAUAAAGAAUAAAAAGUUUUGACCAAAAACAAUAUGUAUAUAUAUAAACAUAAAAACUGAAUAUGAAUGUAGGAGUCUGAGAGCGAGAAUCAUCAAAUCAAAUAAAAAUAAAAUUUGAAAGAAGAGCGAAAGAAGAGAAGAGAAAGAUGUGCGGGAUAUUCGCGUAUCUGAAUUACAACGUGGAUAGAGAGAGAAAAUACAUCUUGCAAGUUCUCUUCAAUGGUUUAAGACGGUUAGAGUAUCGCGGCUACGAUUCCGCUGGAAUCGCCAUUGAUGCUUCCGAUUUCACUUCCACUCCUCCUCUCGUCUUCCGUCAAGAAGGCAACAUUGAAUCUCUCGUCAAAUCCGUCUACAAAGAUGUUAGUAAAAUUGAAUUGAACUUGGAAGAAAGUUUCAGAACUCACGCUGGAAUUGCUCAUACGCGUUGGGCUACACACGGUGAGCCUGCUCCGCGUAAUAGUCAUCCUCAAACUUCAGGUCCUGCAAAUGAAUUCAUGGUUGUUCAUAAUGGUGUUAUCACUAAUUAUGAGGUUUUGAAGGCGACAUUGAUCCUACAUGGCUUCACCUUUACAUCGGAAACGGAUACUGAAGUCAUUCCCAAGCUUGCCAAGUUUGUUUAUGACAAUGCAAAUGAAGAAGGUGAUCAGGUUGUUACCUUCAAUCAAGUUGUUCUGGAAGUUAUGAGGCAUCUUGAAGGAGCCUAUGCACUUAUUUUCAAAAGUCUACAUUAUCCUAAUGAAUUGAUUGCUUGCAAGCGCGGCAGCCCUCUGCUCCUAGGUGUUAAAGAAUUAGCAGAAAAUAAGGAGAAUGGCUCAGCAUUUGAGGAAAACAAAUUCCUAUCAAAAGAUGGAAAGCCCAAAGAGCUGUUUUUGUCCAGUGAUGCCAAUGCUGUGGUUGAGCAUACCAAGAAAGUGCUAGUUAUUGAGGAUGGCGAAGUUGUGCAUCUCAAGGAUGGCGGAGUUUCUAUUUUAAAGUAUGAGAAUGACAUGGGAGAACUUGUCGCUUCUCUCUCUAGAGCUUCUUCGGUGCGACGUGCAUUAUCUGUUCUUGAGAUGGAGGUUGAGCAAAUAAAUAAAGGACAUUAUGAGCAUUAUAUGCAGAAAGAAAUUCAUGAGCAACCUGAGUCUCUAACAACCACAAUGAGGGGAAGGCUUAUACGUCGGGGAUCUAGUAAAUCCAAGUCUGUUCUGUUGGGUGGACUGAAGGAUCACCUCAAAACCAUCAGGCGAAGUAGAAGAAUAGUGUUCAUAGGUUGUGGCACAAGUUAUAAUGCUGCUUUGACAGCUAGACCCAUCUUGGAAGAACUUUCUGGAAUUCCUGUUACUAUGGAAAUUGCUAGUGAUUUAUUGGAUCGGGAGGGACCAAUAUACCGAGAAGAUACAGCCGUUUUUGUCAGUCAAUCUGGUGAAACUGCAGAUACUUUACUUGCAUUGCAAUAUGCUUUAGACAAUGGUGCAUUAUGUGUUGGGAUAACAAACACUGUUGGUAGUGCAAUAGCAAGGAAUACACAUUGUGGUGUUCAUAUAAAUGCUGGUGCUGAGAUUGGUGUGGCAAGUACCAAGGCAUACACAAGCCAAAUAGUAGUGAUGGCCAUGUUGGCUCUUGCAAUAGGAGGUGAUACUAUUUCCAAUCAAGCGAGAAGAGAAGCUAUUGUAGAUGGUCUUCAUGAACUGCCAAACAAAGUCAGAGAGGUGCUGGAGCUUGAUCAAGAGAUGAAGGAUUUAGCAAAUCUAUUAAUUGCUGAGCAGUCUCUUCUUGUCUUUGGGAGAGGAUACAACUAUGCAACUGCUUUGGAGGGAGCUUUGAAAGUAAAGGAAGUGGCACUUAUGCAUAGUGAAGGGAUACUUGCAGGUGAAAUGAAGCAUGGUCCUUUGGCAUUAGUGGAUGAAAAUCUUCCAAUUGUUGUUAUAGCUACACGUGAUGUUUGCUUCAGCAAACAGCAGUCUGUUAUUCAGCAACUUCAUGCCCGCAGAGGUCGUCUGAUAGUUAUGUGUUCAGAAGGGGAUGCUGCUUCUGUAUGCCCUAGUGAAUCUUGUAGGGUGAUUGAAGUUCCACAGGUCCAGGACUGUCUUCAACCUGUAAUUAAUAUAGUUCCAUUACAGUUACUGGCAUAUCAUCUCACUGUACUGAGGGGAUUUAAUGUCGACCAGCCUCGUAAUCUUGCCAAGAGUGUUACCACACAGUAAAGUAGUUUGUAUACUAAGGGAAUCAUGAUUGCACUAUGAAAUUGAGUUGGGUAGAAAUCAGUUUGACAUAAUUGAUUUUAGUUAAAAGUGAGUUGAGCUAAAUAAAUUUAUGUUUGGAUACAUUCGUGUAAAAGUGGUUCUCGUGAACUCAUAUUGUUUGGAAAGUUUGAAUAAUAAUUACUUUUGGAUGGUGCAAUUACCAAAAUGGGUUUUACUUGUAUUUAAAACAA